CCACUUACAUGUUUAGAACAAUCAAGCAGAGUCAUUCAAUCAUUCAAAGAAGAGAAUUGGUUACAAUGGCCGAGCAAAUUGAAGUCUCACCUCUAGAAGAACCAGAAGCAGAACGGCCCGAUGGGGAGCAGCCCAAAAAGCCUCUAGAAGAGGGUGCAGAACCGGCAACAGAACAGCCCGAUGAUGAGGAGCCGCCCCAAACGCAUACAGAAGGGGGUGCAGAACCAGCAGAAGAACAGCGCGAUGAGGAGCAGCCCCAAACGCCCACAGAAGGAGGUGCAGAACCAGUAGACGUACAACCCGACGAGGAGCAACCCAAAAAGCCUCUAGAAGAGGGUGUAGAACCGGCAGCAGAUCAGCCCGAUGGGGAGCAGCCCCAAACGCCUAUAGAAGGGGAUGCAGAACCGGCAGCAGAACAAUCCGGUGGGGAGCAGACCAACAAUUCUACAAAAGGGGAUACAGAACCAGUUGCAGAACCAGUAGCAGAACAACCCGAUGGGGGCCCGCCCAAAAAGCCUGCAGAUGGGGGUGCAGAGCCAGCAGCAGAACAGCCCGAUGCUGGAGUGCAGCCCAAAAAGCCUACAGAAGGGGGUGUAGCACCAACAGCAGAACCGGCUGCAGUACGGCCCGAUGGGGAGCCGCCCAAAAAGCCUCUUCUCACAACGAUCAGAGAAGAGUGGCACAGAUUUCAUACAUUUGUGUGGAAUUCUGAAAAGAAGGAGUUUAUUGGACGAACUGGCAAGAGCUGUGCGCAGAUUACUUUGUUUUACAUUUGUUUCUACACGUGUUUGGCCGGAUUCUGGGCAGCUAUGUUCGCCAUUUUUUACCAGACAGUUUCCCUGGAAAGACCGAAGUACACAUCCCUCAUUACUCCACCAGGUUUGAAUGUGAUGCCGUAUUCUGUCGAUGGUAAACUGAUCCAGUACGGAACGACGGAGGAUAGAGCAAGAAUUAAGGAAGAAAUCCAGAAAAAUGUUCUUGAUGUUCUCGCCAGAGAUCAGUCCACGUUCGAGGAUUGUGAAAACCUUCCACCGGUUCUGAAAAUAGCUAACCCGCCUGAGCAAAGAUUAUGCCAUUAUGAUGCGUCCCAACUCGGCCCCUGCGCAACCAACGAUAGCUUCGACACCAAUCAGCCAUGUCUGUACAUGGGACUAAAUAAGCUUUGGGGAUGGAUACCUGAGAACUACGAGUCCGGGCCACCGGUUGAAUUGACUGAAAUCCGCAAUAAAUUGAAACUGAACGGAACUACAGAGGACCGAAUAGCUGUCACGUGUAUCAAGUGUGACCGUAACAACAGCACCAACUGCUCUCCCCUUGAUGUGUACCCAAGAGACGGUAUAUCCUUUGGUCAUUACCCGUACGUCGUGGGUACCGACACGGCGAAACAAGCCCGCUACAUCCGCCCCAUCGUAGCCGCUAAGGUUCCUCUCGACGCAGUCGGCAAGGAAUAUAGGGUCAGCUGUCGAGCAUGGGCGGGCAACCUGAAUGAAGUAGUCGGAGGUCUGUUCGACAGUAGAGUCGAACCGGCGCGUUUCAGCAUCAGGAUAAUGGUAACUGAGUAAAACUUUUGUCAAAGUGUUGUGUGCAUAGUGGUUGCGAGUUGGUCCGUCGUAUAUUAUUUUAAAGUGCAAACACGAAUAGGUGGCGUAAUUAAUUGUAAGUGCCGUAGUAGUGACAGUUUGAAUAAUGCAUAAUAGUAAUAUGCCGUGUUCCAAAUUGCCAAAUCAGACGGGCCAAUCCACAACUCCGAAGGCCAACUUACAAGUCCGAAGGACACUUAACAACCCCGAAUGCCAAUAAUGGACAAUUGUUCGAUGACUAUUCAUAUUUUUCAUCUACAACUUUUAUGUUUUGGCUGUUAGGUUGUUUAAUUUCGUCAAUUUUUUUGUCCUUUUAUGCUAGACUAGGCAUUUUUCUUUUUUGUGUCACCCCCCCUUUUUUUUACCGGCCUUCUGACAAGUCUUGUCACUCUUUGUAUUUUAUCAUUUGUAUAACAAUUAUUAAGUGAGGGCCUCAAAUGAUAAGUUUUACGGGUGGGUCACCCUCGUUAAUAUCUUAAACAAAAGUAAAUACGUACACCAUUGUUGACCAUUAAGCGAUUUUGCUUGGUAGAAGGGCAUUUAAUGCAUUGCCAUGGAACAUUGACUAUGGUGGUUGACAAAAAUAGGUCGCUGAUCGGGAAACGGUGCCCAAACUCCGAUGGCCAACCCACAACUCCGACAGAGAAAUCCACAAACACGACCGAGGCUGUCCUCUUUGGCAUACCAUAACAAAAAAUAAUAAUAUGAAUUGUAGUGAACCUGUAUUGAGCCAGUUGUUACGGUUUCACCUGUAUUAUAAAUGAACUGCUUCGUCAAGGAACUUUACAGAGCACGCGACUCUAAGCACACACAAGUGAGCCCUCUUGCGGUUUUGGUAAGCCAAUGUGCAUAUAUAUCCAACAUGGCUCAAAUAAUUAGCUAUGAUAACCAAUGGAGAAAAUUGUUUUGUUUUGCCUGUUUUUUUUUUUAAUGAAAGGUCAAGAAGGACAGGUGUCCCACUUAUUAUAUAUCAAUAUAAGACUUUGAAUUCUAAGAUAUUCAUAAACUGUUGUUGUUUGUAUUAUUUCUUUUUUUUAAAGCUAACUUGGUUUAAUUUAAAACCCUUUGAAUUAUUAUCUGAAAGUACUGUAAAUUAAAAGUAAUGUAAAUCAUUUAUUUCUCCUAUAGUGACGUUUGGAUAUUAAGCUUGACGAUAAAAACCACAUUUUCAUUUUUUGUUUAUCCAUUAUAAUCUCUAGACUGUUCAACAGGGUGUGAUACAUUUUUCCUAACGCGCUUUUUAAACAAGAUUAAAUACAACAAUUGUUAUUACGAGAACAAUGAAAA